AAAGGUCUUGGUUGUCAAAGGGGAAUACACUCUGGUUAAAUAAGUCACCUAUCAUAGGCAUCUUUUGUACUCUGUGGCAUUUUUUCCACUGUCUGUUUUGAACGGAUUAGUUUAUAUCAGGUGUGGACGGGCCUUUUAAACACUUUGCAACACCAAUUUUUCAAGCGACAACGUACAAAAUCUCAAAAGCACGGACGAUCCUCCUGGCUGCUGCUGUUAACCAUCUAACCAUGUGGCCUUUUAAUUUUUUGCUGAGUUUUGACCUGAAGGGACUAUUCCUGUUUAUUCUUCUGUUUAUUCUAAUCGCAGACUACGUUAAACACAGGAAUCCACCAAACUAUCCUCCAGGACCACGGGGUCUACCCAUCGUGGGGAAUUUCUUGAGUGCGGAUGGAAAACACCUCCACAAUUAUUUCACCAAGCUGCAGAAGACCUAUGGGGAUGUAUUCAGUGUCCGCCUUGGAGGCGAUAAGAUGGUGUUUGUGUCUGGAUACAAGAUGGUGAAAGAAGCUGUAGUGGCACAGGCUGACAACUUUGUGGAUCGACCAUACAGUGCAAUGGCUGUUAGGAUAUACUCAGGAACCUCACGUGGUCUGUUCCAGAGCAAUGGUGAAAUAUGGAAGAAACAGCGACGCUUUGCUUUGUCAACCUUACGCACCUUUGGAAUGGGCAAGAACAUCGCAGAACAGAGUAUCUGUGAGGAGCUUCAACACCUGCAGGAGGAAAUAGAGAAGGAAAAAGGUGGACCUUUCAGCCCAGGAACCCUUUUCAACAAUGCUGCAUCCAACAUUAUUUGCCAGCUGGUGAUGGGGAAAAGGUUUGACUACAGUGACCACAACUUCCAGAUGAUUCUUCAGUAUAUCUCUGAGACCCUUCGCCUGCAGGGAAACAUAUGUGGUCUACUCUAUGACUCCUUCCCUGGAGUGAUGAAGUACCUGCCAGGUCCUCACAAUAAAAUGUUCUCCAAUUACAACAUCAUCCAAGACUUCAUCGGUCAGGAAGUAAACAGGCACAGAAAGGACCUGGACUGCAACAAUCCUCGAGACUACAUCGACACUUUCCUUAUUGAGAUGAAGAAGUACAAAGAGGGUGAGCUGGGCUUCACUGAGACCAAUCUGGCUCUGUGCUCUCUGGAUCUGUUCAUGGCUGGAACAGACACAACCUCCAGCACUCUGCUGUGGGCUUUGGUUUACCUCAUGAAAUACCCUGAGAUCCAGGAGAAAGUUCAGGCUGAGAUAGACAGGGUGAUCGGACAAAACCGCCCGCCCUCCGUAGCUGACAGACCAAACAUGCCCUACACCGACGCUGUCAUCCACGAAGUUCAGAGGAUGGGAAAUAUUGUUCCGCUCAAUGGAGGAAGGAUAGCUGCCAAGGAUACAACACUGGGUGGUUACUUCAUUCCAAAGGAUACAUUAUUGUUGCCAUUCCUGACCUCUGUGCUGUUUGACAAGAACGAAUGGGAGACUCCAGACACCUUCAAUCCAGGACACUUCCUAGAUGCUGAAGGGAAGUUUGUGAAGAGAGAAGCAUUCCUGCCUUUCUCUGCAGGGAAACGUGCAUGUCUUGGAGAAGGCCUCGCCAAAAUGGAGCUGUUUCUGUUUUUGGUGGGUUUACUGCAGAAGUUCUCUUUUUCUGUUCCUGAUGGAGAUGAACUGACUACAGAAGGCAUUACUGGAAUUACUCGUGUACCCGUUCCCUUCAAGGUUCAUGCCAAGGUCCGCUGAAUUGUGCAGCAUCUCAUGAUGCAUGAAUCACGUCUAGCAGGGAAGACUGAGCAAAAUGCUUUAGGAGAUAAAGUUGUAAUCUGAGCUUUUCAUUCUCAUGUGAUUACAUUCUGUGAGGAGGACCUGUUUAAUCUUUAAAAUUGUACAUAGAAUUUUGACUGAAAGACUCAUUUUUACAUAAUAUUCUUGUAUUUUUAGCACUAUUGACAACUAAAUGGUCAAUGAUAUUGCAGUAAUAAUGAAGCUGUGCUAUUUUUGUAACAAUCAGUUACAGUGCCUAUCAUACAGUGGGGAAAAUAAGUAUUGAACGCGUCACCUUUUUUCUCAAGACUCCAUUCCUCAACAAAAGACAUGUUGAAGCUCGUUUAAAGUUUGCUAAACAGCAUCUUGACAAGCCUGUAGAAUACUGGGAGAAUGUGUCUGGUCAGAUGAGACCAAAAUUGAACUUUUCGGCUGUCAUACUACAUACCAUGUUUGGAGGAGAAAUGGCACUGCACAUCACCCAAAAAACACUAUACCAACAGUGAAAUUUGGAGGUGGAAGCAUCAUGGCAUGGGGUUGUUUCUCAUCUCAUGGUACUGGCAAACUUCAUAUAAUUGACGGAGCAAUGAAUGGAGCCGUGUAUCGGGAAAUUCUUGAUAUGAAUCUGCUGCCAUCCACCAGGAUGAGAUGUGGCUGGACCUUCCAGCAGGACAACAAUCCAAAGCACACGGCAAAGUUGACUCUCAAA